UCCGGCCCUGGUAGCAAGCUUCCCUCCCUCCUUCCCUGUCUCAUUCAUCCUCCUCCUCCUCCUCCUGCAUCCCUGUCACGUGGCCUCCACUGUGUCUCCAGCGCGUGAUGACGAGCCUCGCACACAGGUCCUAAUAUGUCUGAGCAGUGAGCAUGGCGGAAAAUCAUAUGGAGUACCGCUACCUCGAGGGCGAGCCUAUGGGGGAGCAUUUCAUCGAGGACCCGGAGCUCAUGGCCAUCAAGGCCAGGGUUCAUGAGCUGGAAAUGGAAGAAGAGACUGAAAAAAUGAAGGAGGAGGAGAGAUGUGACGCCGAGGAUAUGCAGCUCCUGACCAGCAGCUCUCGGCCUGGACCGUUCUACAGUAUGACUCCCGAGGAGAGGAUAGACGCAGACAACCGAUCCAUCUAUGUCGGAAAUGUAGAUUAUGGAGCUACUGCAGACGAGCUGGAGAUCCACUUCAACGGCUGCGGUCCUGUGAACCGAGUUACCAUCCUGUGUGACAGGUUCUCGGGCCAUCCUAAAGGCUUUGCUUACAUUGAGUUCUCUGAUCGAGAUUCGGUGCAGAGUGCCAUUGGUUUGCAUGAGACGGUGUUCAGAGGACGGGUUCUUAAGGUGUUGCCCAAGAGAACCAACAUGCCCGGUAUCAGCACCACAGACAGGGGAGGACACAGAGGAGGUCACACCAGAGGCAGAGGCCGCGGCUACCGUCCCCCCAGGUACCAGAACAGUUCUCGGGGCAGGUUCCGGUAUCAGUCCUCAAGACCACAGCACCAGUCCCCCCACCCGUACUACGGAGGACCAUCAGCAGGAAAGAGACAGUGGGGCCAUAUGGACUACCAUGAACAAACUCCAAAACGUUACCCCUGUCUGCUUCUCAUCACGCCGCCAUCUGAAGAUCUCGGGGCAGAGUCGAGCGGACAGCACUACCCUCAGCAGCGUUAGAACUACUAACACAAUUUACCUGGGCUGGGUGGAAGGGAUUUUUAAACAGUAUGUGCUUUCCAGCAUCAAUUAAGUAUUGUGAUGUCUAGGCUGGACCUGUGUCAACUAUUUUCAGGUGACAUCUGGCAGCAGCUGACUGGGGUUGGUGCGCUAUAAGUUUGUUGCUGUGAAUGCAUGUGACAGUUCUCGAGUUGCAUCUGUUUUUAAAAAAAACUGUGGUUUUGUUUUGUAAUGUAUAACCCCUCUGUGUGUAACUGACAAGCUCUUUGCUACGUGAAUGAAUAAAUAAAAAUAAUUGAACACUCCAAGGAGCAGUAAAAGACA